AUGGCGCACGACUUCCUCGUUGAUCACAGCAAAACCUCAAUGGACGAUUAUGUGAGCCCAGCUGCUUUCUUUGGAGCGAGUUUGAUGGCGGCGGCGAGCUAAAGCUGUGCCUUUCAAACUAUCUGCCUAAAAAUGGGCCAGCUGCCAGAUCUGGCCAACAUGGCAACCGUCUUGGCGACCGGCAUCCUAUCGCACAAUUGUCCCAUGAACCAAGAAGCAAUCGAUUUUUCCAUAACGGAAAAUGGCAAGGCUCAAUUGAGCACAGCGUAUAUAUUCUCUACGAUGACCGUACCGGGCAGGUUCAAGAGGUUAGUCAAUCCAGAGAUCUCGAACUCCUCUCUCACGUCUGUCUAGAGACUCUGCUGACCCCGCCGUGGUGCUUGGGCAGGACCGGAUCAGAGGACGCGCAACAUUGGACAUGGCCCUCGUCGAUGCCAUAGCUCAUAUCGCUUGCAAACAAGGUGGCCACCUCUUCGUCUACGACAACAGCCGUCUGCACGCUGAAGCCGAGUACGUCGUCAAGUAUAAUCUCGGCUCCGACGUUGUCUACCGCUCUGUACAGCGACUCGCUGUCCACCCAACCGGUUGUCGACGCGAUCGGGCGAGGUAACAUUUGACUGACCUGAGUCGUGCUCCAGGUACCACUACGGAGCCAAGGUAUUGCGACGCCUUAGGGCCGACACAUUCAACGCAACCUGAACAAUGGCAUUGAUGCCGGUGGUGGAAGCUACGCGCCCGACCUGGGUGGAUUCGACCAGCUUGGCUUGACCACCCUGAUGUAUGCCAUUAAAGAAUGUGUCUGUCAGUCUACCUGUUCCAAAUUUCCGGUUAUUCAUUCGGCUUUCGGUUCUCAUCUCGUGUUCAGUGAAGAGGUCGGUCCCUUUAGGCUCCUUGACGACAGGUAGCUUCUCGGCCGCCGAGAAGCGAUCAGAUCUUCUCACCGGGCUUCCAUAUUUUUCGGACUAUCCCUGUCCUUACUUUGUAUUACUCAGUAUCUUGGUUAUACUACAGGGUGAGUGUACAAGCUUUUAUCAUCGUGAAGGUUUGCCUAUCAGCAAGACUGCGGCGAAGGGGGCACCAAGCCGUCGAAGUCCGAAGCUGAACCCGUUGCAUGGAUUUGGGAUGCGUGGGCCAAACUGCGCAGGUCAGCAUACUAGGUACCUCCGCUUCCCCAAGGCGUAGUUCUCCCUCCAGUGGACAUGAUCUGCUUCCGUGGGAACUUGUGACUCCCUUACCUUGGCUGGUCACAAAUAUACUCACAGUCACGCAGCCUGCCGACCUCCGAAGCCCGACGGCCCGAGUAACAUCGAAGUGCCCGCAACUACCGAAGAUUAUGCCUGCGGUGACCCACUAGGAAAUAGACGCAACAAGAUGUCUCGCGGUAGUAGACUUACUUCUGUGUAG